AUGCCUCACAAGCACAAGCGCAAGCGCGACCAAGACGAUUCAGACUUCAAUCUUCCUCCAACCUCUCGCGCACGUACCCUCACAGUCCACCAAAAGUCCGCCUCGAUAUUCAGCGAUGAUGCCGCCAGAAAAGAAAAAUUCGCAAACAAGAAACGACGGAAACACGGCAAAGGUGGUGCACCUGCAGAUGACACGCCCAAGGCAUUUGCCCGACUUAUGGCAAUGCAACAGGGUCGCAAGAUAAAGAGUGGACUUGACGAUGGAACAAGUGACAGCAAGGCCAACAAGAAAAAGAGACUUGACAAAUCCGCUGCGAAGAUCAACCAGGACAAACACAAUGGCCAGUCAGAGCCAGAAGCAGUACAAGUCGAGGACGAUGACGACAAUCAGCAACAAGGGGAUGUAGACACCAGCGCCAACCAAGAUUCUACUUCAAGCCCUCCGAAAUCACAGCCUCUGACCAUCCUCCCAUCAGAGCGCCUGUCAGAUUUUGCCCUACGAGUCGACCAGUCUCUACCCCUCUCAUCCAUCACUAAGCGCAACACAGCGGGGACUAAGAUCCCGGGUGUGAACAUCAAGACACCACAGACAAAACACAACAAACGGCUCGGCCGAAUGAUCUCAGAAUGGCGCAAAACCGACGCGAGACUGAAAGACAAGCGCGAGGACGAAGAAGCCGAUAUGGCCGAGCAGCGCGAGGAGGAUAGUCUACUGUGGCUGGGAGUCGAUGCAAGUGGUGCUGGCGGGAAAAGUGCCAAAGGCAAGAAAAUGAGACGUCGAGAACUGGAGGACCAGGCCGAUCCAUGGAAGAGUUUGGUCAGGAAAAGAGCCCAAGAAGAGCGACAGCGUCGAAUUCAAGAGGCGAGCGGUGAUGUUGGCGAUAAGGACAAGAACAAAAAUACGACCACGACGGGAUCCAUGAUUGGUCGUAAUGCCAGAGGCAGGGGUCUCAAUGCUAGAGACGCCGUUCAGGCUCCUCCUGUGUUGAAACCACUGAAGAACAUCUUCAAGCUCAAGGAUCCAGUUACGGAUACGGCUGUGGUUGAAAGAUCCAUCGUCACAUGA